AUGGCGGAAACACCGUCCCUCGAGGGCACCCGACCCUCAGGACUUCCAAAUAAGAUCCCCUUCUGGCGAUUAGUGGCCGAACCAGGCGUGGUCACGCAGGAAGUCGUCGACCACGACUAUGCAGGCUCCGGCACCGAAGACGAUCCCUAUGUGGUGCAAUGGAUGCCCCGCGAUUUUCGCAAUCCGCUGCAGUUGUCCAACCGGAUGAAGUGGUCGGUGACUCUUGUUGCGGCCUUGGAGACCCUCGUCGUUGCCCUGGUGUCGUCCGCCUAUACUGGCGGGAUCGUCCAGAUUGAGGAACAGUUCUUGGUCAAUACGGAGAUUGCCACCUUGGGUGUCUCGCUCUACGUUCUUGGUUUUGCAUUGGGCCCGCUUAUCUGGGCUCCCAUGAGUGAGCUUUUCGGUCGUCAGGUCGUUUUUAUUGGUACCUACUGCGGGUUGACCAUCUUUUGCGCCGCCUGUACAGGAGCCAAGAACAUCGAAUCCUUGAUUGUCUUCCGUUUUCUGGCCGGCUGCUUCGGCUCGUCACCCUUUACCAACUCCGGCGGUGUUAUCGCCGACAUGUUCGCGGCGCGCGAGCGCGGUCUGGCUUUGUCGGCCUUUGCCCUGGCCCCCUUCCUGGGACCUGUCAUUGGCCCCAUCGUCGGGGGGUUCUUGGGUAUGAAUGAAGGCUGGAAGUGGGUGAUGGGCCUGCUGACCAUCCUCUGCGGUGCGAUGUGGUUCUGUGGCGCUGCCUUCAAGCCGGAGACCUAUGCCCCCGUCUUGCUGCGCCAGCGGGCAAAGACUCUGACCAAGCUAACUGGAAAGCUAUAUGUGAGCAAACUGGAUAUCGACCAAGGUCGCCCGGAUCUGAAAGAGGCCCUGAAGACCUCGCUAUCCCGUCCCUUUAUCCUCCUUUUCCGGGAGCCUAUUGUUCUGCUCCUCUCGAUCUACCUUGCGAUCAUUUACGGUACCCUCUAUAUGCUGUUCGGCGCAUUCCCUAUCGUCUACGAGAUUCACCGCGGCUGGAAUCAGGGCGUCUCUGCCCUGGCUUUCCUCGGUGUUAUGAUUGGCAUGCUCGCUGCGAUUGCCUACUCCAUCCCAGAGAACACCCGCUAUGGAAAGCUUCUGGAAAAGAACGGGGGCUACUCGCCUCCGGAGACCCGUCUUCCGCCAUGCAUGAUCGCAUCGCUUGCCUUGCCGAUUGGUCUUUUCUGGUUUGCCUGGACGAACUCGCCCUCCAUCCACUGGAUGGCUAGUAUCGCGGCCGGCGUUCCGUUCGGUUUUGGCAUGGUCUUGGUCUUCCUCAGUGUUUUCAACUAUCUGAUCGACGCCUAUACUAUCUUCGCUGCGAGCGUGUUGGCUGCGAACUCCUUGCUGCGCUCGAUGUUUGGCUUUGCGUUCCCCUUGUUCACCACUUACAUGUACGAGAAUCUGGGCAUCCACUGGGCAUCCACGGUGCCCGCUUUCCUCGCCCUGGCCUGUGUGCCAUUCCCGUUCAUUUUGUACAAGAAGGGCCUGUCGAUUCGCAAGUACUGCAAGUAUUCCGCGCAGUCGGAGGCGUUCGUUCAAAGUUUGCUGCAAGGCACGGAGAAGCCUGCCCUGGAGACGACUGAGGCCGAGGAGCCCAGGUCACCAGAACGGCAAGAAACGGAUGUGACCGGAGUGUCAUCUUCGGGGUCAUCGACCGCUGAUGAGGAAGAGUCCCCCCAAGUUCACAAAGUCCACACUACGGAUGCCCACUCGGUACAUCGCACUCUGUCGCGGGUUGCAACGCACCGUUCGGAGAUGCGCGUCCCCGCCUACGAAGGCAAUCCGCUUGACAUUGAUCGGAUACACACCCGCGAGUCAUUCAAAUAA